AUGCGCGAUUCCGCACGAUAUCGUAGGGUACUUACUGCUGCUCUGCUUUGCACCCUAGCUUCUGCUGGUCCAUACGUUCCUCGUAGAGAUGUCUCCAAUGCCUUCAAUCCCUGGAUCUCAGUCAAUCCCAGCGGGGUUCCAGUUGCAACCUACACACCGAGCGUUGCGACGAUAAGCGGCGUCGAAACAACCCUCAAUCCCAUUCCUUACAGCUUGACAGCCACUGGCACAGCUACAGAUUCUGUCUCGAGGUCUGCGGAGACGACAGCUGCCCCGGGUGGUGGAUCGUUCCAGGAGUGCCAUAAUCGCGAUGGGAUAUAUGCGCCGUUUUGUAGCCCUGCCAAUGGAUCGGAUGUCAAUGUGGAUGGCAAAUACUAUGUAACAUGGGACAAAGACUUCUUUGCGCAGAAGAAUGCUUCUGUCAAUAUCGUCGCGAACUACGUAAACGAUACCGGACACGGCCCUGUGGCUUUCAAGUCGGAUCCCGUUUCAACGAGCGACGGGUACUAUGUAUGGACGAUUCAAAAGGACUGGUUGCAGGAACUGAAGACGAACAAUGUUACACUAUUCCUGAAUCGUAUCAAUCUUCCUGCUGGGGCACAACUUAGUCUUGAAGGCCCGACUGUCCGAGUGAAAGUUUACGAAAAACCCAUCUACCACCAGCCUCCCUCUUCAGCACCCAAUGGCCAAUCCCUCUACAUCGCUCUUCCCACCGUUCUAGGCUUCAUCCUCCUUUGCGUCAUCGGCGGCUAUUUCUGGAAUCGCAAAAACCGUAAGAUUGGACUGGGGAAUGUGAUGGGUCGGAAGAGUGGAUAUGGUACAGGAAAAUCUAGGAGCCAGAGAAUGGGAUUGGGCAAGAAUGGAGAUAUACAAUUGAGGGAUAGGGACCUGACAGGCAGUGGGCAGUAUCACGACUCGCCGGCAAAGGUUGCGAAGGGUCUGGGACGGGAGAGGGAGUUUGAUAGGGAUAGUGAUGGAUUGGGCAGUUUGGCGAGCAGUCCGGCGGGGAAUGAGGGACACAAUUAUUUCAGAGAGGAGUUGAGGAGACAAGAAGAAAUGCGAUGA